AUGACCACCCCCGAAAUCCCCCGCAAGCAGAAAGCCGUCAUCUAUGACCAGCCGGGCACCGUCUCGACCAAGAUCGUCGAGAUCGACGUGCCCGAGCCUGGUGCCGGCGAGGUGCUGAUCAACCUCACUCACUCCGGGGUAUGCCACUCCGACUAUGGCGUCAUGACCAAUACGUGGAAAGUGCUGCCUUACCCCACGCAGCCGGGGCAGGUGGGCGGACAUGAGGGCGUGGGCAAGAUCGUGAAGCUGGGCCCGGGCGCGGAAUCGUCUGGCCUGAAAAUCGGCGAUCGAGUCGGCGUGAAAUGGAUCUCGAGUGCCUGUGGAAACUGCCUUCCCUGUCAAGCCGGAUCUGACGGGCUCUGCUUCGCCCAGAAGGUGUCAGGCUACUAUACCCCCGGUACCUUCCAGCAGUACACCCUGGGACCGGCCAACUAUGUCACGCCGAUCCCCGACGGACUGGACUCGGGCGAGGCCGCUCCCAUGCUCUGCGCCGGGACCACCGUGUACGCCGCUCUCAAGCGCAGCAAUGUGCGGCCGGGCCAGUGGGUGGUGAUCUCCGGCGCCGGCGGCGGACUGGGCCACAUCGCGGUGCAGCUGGCCAGUCGAGGCAUGGGCCUGCGCGUGAUCGGCGUCGACCACGGCAGCAAGGAGCAGCUGGUCAAGGAGUCCGGGGCGGAGCAUUUCGUAGACAUCACCAAGUUCCCCGCCAACGACCAGGGCGAAGCCAUCACCGCGCACGUCAAGUCCCUCGCGGACGGGCUGGGAGCCCACGGCGUCAUCGUGUGCACCGCCUCCAACGCCGCGUAUGCCCAGUCGGUCGGGUUCCUGCGCUUCAACGGCACUAUGGUCUGUGUUGGCGUGCCCGAGAACGACCUGGUGCCCAUCGCGACGGCGUAUCCGGGGUCCAUCAUUCUCAAGCACGCCACCAUCACCGGGUCCGUCGUCGGCACGCGAGCCGAUGCCGUCGAGACGCUCGACUUCGCGGCGCGCGGCGUGAUCAAUGCCCAUUUCCGCACGGAGAAGAUGGAGGCGUUGACCAGCGUGUUCGAGGAGAUGCAUCACGGAAAGGUGCAGGGGAGGGUGGUCCUUGAUUUGUCCUAA